CCAACCAAGAAACCAAAGAGCCAAAGAAAAGAAGCAAAAAGAUGGUGCACGACUUCCGAGGCGCCUCCAUCUUGGUGGUGGCCGCGUUGCUCUUCCUUCCCCUCUUCCUGGGCUCCGCAGAGAUGCCCAUGCAGCUCUCACGUGCGGAGCUCGUGCACCAGGCCGGCUACGGGGAGGAGAGGCUCUCAUCCGUGCUGAUCACCGGCACCAUUCUCUGCGACGCCUGCUUGCAACCCGGGUCCCACCUCCUCUCUUCCCAUGUCCGAGGUGCAAAGGUAGCCAUUGCAUGCAAAACUGAAGAAAGGAGGAGGAAGACUAACUGGGCGUAUGGAAUGGCAGACGAGUAUGGAGAAUUCAUCAUCGACGUCCCUUCCCAUCUCCAUGCAAUCCCACUGGAAGAGGACUGCGUUAUCAGGGUCCUAAGAAUGCCCAAGAACUCAUGUUGCAGGCAAAUGUCAGAAAUGAACCACAAGGGAAUAAAAUUGUCUUCGGUUGGAAAUAGCAUCCGUGUCUAUACUGCUGGAGUUGUACGGUUGAGCUGCAGAACUAGACCUUCUCAGGAGUGCUUGGAGAACGGGUACAAUGACAUGGAAAACGCGUGGUGAAGGAUGGUGACGGUUUAGUACAAGAACCAUUUCAUAUGAGUUGAGAUCUUAUGUACUACCUUGUUAGAUUUCACCAUGGAUAGUUACUGUUCAAAAGUAUAUUGCAUGUAAUCACAAACAUAAAAAAAAAAGGACGAGAUCAUGUGUGGAUUAACUAUAGUUGCUUCCGAGUUCUUAAUUAUUUUCUUCUUAUUGCUUGCAA